AUGUCGGUGUCGCAGCCUAACGAUCGCUCAGUUUUGAAAUCUGGCCUUGGCAAGCUGUAUAACGCGGAGACUCAGUCUUGGAUCAGGCCUAUCUUCGAGGAUAUGGCAUCACAAAGCAAGGCCCUCAGAAUAAUCGGCAUCGCUAUCCAGAGCUAUGUCGAUGAUGGGUGCGAUGACCUGUCUGUAUCUUCCAUGGAACGUCUUGACCUUGCCCUCCGAACAUUCCGCGCUGAGCUUGCUAGCCAACAUGACGACAUCAGGGCAUCAACUGCCUUUGCCGGUUUGAUGGUCUGCUCUUUGUGUCUCUUGUUAGCCCGUCCUUUUACGAUGUAUGUCCAACUUAUGGCAAACUUAUACAACCUGGACGCCAAAAUGCACUUGUUAGAGCCAGGCCCCGGGCGCGACCUUCCAACGCUUCAUAUGUUGGAGUCUAUGUGCGUGAUGGACUUGCCGUUGUAUGUUGUCGGCCGAGUAAGCCCCUCAAUCGGGCUUUGGAAGCGCUUCAGAAAGACCCAAGACAGUUGGCCCGGGGGUAGGAUUGGUGGAGUCGAGGUUGGUAUAGGAAUGCCCCGAUCUCUUAUUGACGUACUGGCCGAUAUACCGGAUGGUCCUCAAGCAAGUGUCGAGUCCAGACUAUGGAUAUGGCCCGGUGAAAUCGGCGAAUUCAUACAGUGUCACUUGUGGGACUGUUGGCGGUUCGCGGGCAUUCUCGAAAUUCGCAGAAGAAAGAGGCUCCAAGACGGACAAGCUCAGGAGGAAACCCAGUUCGCGCCAAAUACAGGCGUGAUCAUGUGCCGACUAAUUUCUGCGAUGGACGCUAUCCACAAACAUAUCCACUUUGACCUUGACCGCGAAAAGUACUCGCUGAUACAGAACGGAAUGGUGUUUCCUGUUACAGCGGCCAGCUUAGAGUUUCGAGAGCUGGGCGCCCAUCCUGAAUGGAAAAUAACACUGGAAAGUUUCCGUGAACAUUUGUCCAAAAGAGACCCGUUCAACUUUCUGAAGGUCAUAUUUGAGCUGCUGGACGAGGCACAGGCUUCAGGGGCAGAGGUCUUCGACAUGAACGAAGCAGCACGCGGAAGAGGAGUCGAAGUUGUCUUGUUUUAG